UACUUUGAUGUACUCAACAAAUGUUUGUAACUUCAGUAAAGCCUUUUUCAGUACAGUCCAGCAAAAACUAAAUAUUCAGAUUAUUUCAUAUUUAGUAUGGACAAGACAAGGGCGCCCGGUGCAAAGAUGAAGGGAAUGCAGUUUAAGCAGGUAAUAAAAAAAGAAGAGAAUGAGAACCUGAGGAAAACCAUCAAGGAGUUGCGUGGCACUAUCCAGGAGAUGCUGCUCGAAAAUGAGAACGUUCCAGCUAUGGAGCGUCUGGCACAACACGAGCUCAACCUGGAUGUUGAGGGUCAGAAGGGUCUAGAUGCCAUGGUGGAGCAGGAGGCUACCAGGGUGAGGGAAGAAAUUGAGUGGGAGAUUUUGGCCAAACGUUUCCUCCGUGACGUCCUCAAGAGACAGUGCUGGGAUUCAUUGAAGGUCAAGAGCAGGUCCGUUAAGGGGUUUCACUGUGAACAUGAGGUGAAGAACUACCCUCUGAAAGAGCGAACAGAGAAAGAGGUGGAGGAACUUCACAGGGUUCAGAAUAUGAGGAAGAUUGAAAUGGCUGCCAUCACCCUGCUAAAGAGUGCAAAUGAGGAAGAGCAAGAUGAGGAAGACCUCACGACAGAGAGCGAUGUAGUUACGGGAAGUUUCUCCGCUCAGUUUGGAUAUUCAAAUCCUUACAUCUACGAUCAAUUCAGCGUGCGAACCACGGAACAGAAGAUCAACCAGAUAAUUCUGCUACAGGAUGUGAUUCAUCGCAUCAAGACAGCUUUCAACGCUGAAUUUGAUGCCGUGCACAGGCAGAAGGUGCAGGAGCUGAACCAUGUGAGAGAAAGGAACAGACACAUCAGGGAGAUCCUGCUGGAGCUGGACAUGAGGCAGGAGCUGUGGGAGCCCAGCCUGACCAACAGUGAGUGGCCAGAGAGGCUGUUCACCGUGGACGACUCUGAGAUAAAGGCAGAAAAGUACCUCAGCCCAGAACAGAGAGAGGAAGAGGAGAGGAAGGAGUUGGAGGAGCAAAAGCAUUUAGCUGCCAAGGGUGACAAUUUCAUGAAAAAGGGUCUGGAUGACAUGAUGGAUGGAUUGCUUGAAGUGAAAAAAGAGGAGAUCUUGAAAAUGGAAAUAACUCAGCCUGAGUUUGCUUUGACCAAACCUGACAGUCACUGGAGUGAGGAGGAGAAAAAGGUCUAUAAACUGUAUGAAAAGAAAACCAAAGACCUGAGUGAGAAGAAAGAGAAAUACAAAAAGUUGCGUGAAACUGAAAUGAAAAGACUGCAGGUCUCCACCAAGGAUGCAACCAAAAGUUUUGAUGAAACUUUGAUGAAGCUGUUUCAGAAAAAAUUAAAAUGUGAGAUGGCAAUGUAUCAGGAAAAGCUCAAAAUCACAUCCCUUGUUUAUUCAAUGAACCUAGAAGAGGAGAUGAGAAGUCGAGAGCUGGAGCUCAAGCUCAAACUUGAAAGAACACUGGCAUACAAGGAUGAACUGAUGGAGGAGGUGAAGAGACAUGAAGAAGAAGUAGAAAUGUUUCUCGAGACCUAUGACACCGUUGUAGCCGAGGACAAAGUUCUUGACAAGGAGUUCAGGACAGAGUUCGCUGAUGUACCUGCACAUGUUAAUCACUUGUAUAAGCUAUUCAAGCGAAGACCCAGGUUUCUAAAGUUGAGGACUGACAACAAACCCAAAGAGCAGGCUCUGUGCGGUUCUCUGGCCCCGGAUGCACUUGAAAAAAUGAGUAAGGCCAUGGAAGAGCUGGAUGCUCCGGAAAAUAUACCAUCACGCUUGGACUCAACAGUCUGGAAGAGAUUCUGUCUUGUCCGCCAAGCAAAAAUAGAGAGUGAGCAUAAGGUCAACGUAAAAGCUUUCACUCUUGCUAAGAUACAGAAGUUACUACAGAAGAGGAGAGUUGAGAAAGAGGCUGCUCAACAGGAAAUAAAAAAUCUCUCUGAUGAACUUAAAAGUCUACAUAAGGAGAAGAACCGUUUCCUGAUGGACAUCAUGGUCCAGGUCAUUGUCAAACAGGGCCAGGUGUACACCACAGACGAGACCGCUGACUUCCCUGAAUAUGUACUUCUCCACAAGGGGGUGGUGGAAGACCUCAACAAAACCAUCAGGAUGCUCGGAGGGCAGAACAUAGCCUCCAUGGUGCAGCGCAAAGACUUCCGUAAGAACACCUUCCUGCUGGAGUGGGAGCACAAGCAUAGGAGGAUGCAGAUAGAGGACCUCAACAACAAGGCGAGGGACAUCCGGAGGUUACAUCUCUCUGAGGAGCAACAGGAUUAUCUCAACAACAGCGAUCAAAAAAGUCGCGUGUCCACGCAAGUCUCCAUCCUGGAGAAAACGAUAGUUUACCAGGAAAAGGCUCAUCUACACAACUUACAACAUUACAAAAAUAAGAUUGAAGAGUUUACAAAGCAGGCGACAAUGAAAGAGGAGAUUAACACAGUUUCGGAACAGCAGCUCCCUAAUAUGCAGGUGACAGUUGCCGAGAGGAGACACAUUUUUGAAACAACAGUGAAGAGUCAGGUGGCUUCAGAGGGGCGACACCGGGAAAUUGUUCAGAAGAAAAACUUGGAGGACUUUGCCAAAGCACAGGCGGAAGAGCUGGUUCUCCUCUGGGCAGAAGUUGAGCGUCUCAGGAUGAAGAACUUUCCAUCACUUGAUCAUCUGAAACAACUGAGCAAAGAAAAUCUCUAAAACACAUAUGGCCAGGUCCAUAUGUAUUUGGACAGUGACACAAUUUUCCU